CUCACUUCUCGAGGUCAGCAGCCCCCUCCAAGUUACAGUCCCUCUCUCAAGCCGCCUACCCGUUUCUGGGCUGCGGGUCGGGAAGAGGCUGGGGCAGCGGCGGGGUUAGAAGACAUCUCCCCCACCCCCCGCGUCCUCGCCGGCAACGGUGUGUCUGGAAAGAGUCAGCUUUCCUACCCGGGCUCGCUUCGCACAAAGCCAGCGCCUGGUUCCGCUCUCCCAGCUGCCCCCGCCCCGCCCCCUCCUCCUCCUCCUCUCCUGCCUUCCUUCUUUUGGCUUCUUUUCGCGCGAUGGGCCAGAGAAGCUCCCUGAGCGACUCGCGGGCCGGCGCCUGAACUCCGGCCGCAUUGCCUCUCCUGCUCGCCACUGCGUCUCCUGUCUUAGCCGACAGGCUCCCCCCCCCCAUUCAUUCUCCCUCCGGAUCAGCCCGGCUCUGAAGCGCCGUAGAAAGAAAGGAGAGAGAGAGAGAGGCGAAGGCGGGCAGGAAGAAGCCGCCUCCAUCUGGGCUCUUGGGUUCCGGCUUCCAGGAGCCGGGAAGAAGGGAAGCUUGGAUCAUGGGGAGCAGUAAAAGUAAACCCAAAGACCCUAGCCAACGGAGACGCAGUUUGGACUCCACAGAAAAUAUACAUGGCAGCUGCUCUACCUCUCAAACGCCCAGCAAGACCACCAUUCCAGAAACUCAUCGUACUCCUAGUCGGUUAUUUGGAAAUACAGCUACAGAACCAAAGCUCUUUGGGGGAUCAAAUACAUCAGAUAUGGUCACUUCUCCUCAGCGCUGUGGCACUUUAGCUGGUGGAGUCACAACAUUUGUGGCCCUCUAUGAUUAUGAGUCACGGACAGAAUCAGAUCUUUCUUUCAAAAAAGGAGAACGUCUCCAAAUCCUCAAUAACACGCGAAAAGUGGAUGUCAGCAACCAGAUCUGGUUCAAAUUCAAAGGGCUGCAAAGGGAAGGAGAUUGGUGGCUGGCUCACUCCCUCACAACUGGCCAGAAAGGUUACAUCCCCAGUAACUACGUCGCACCUUCAGAUUCCAUCCAAGCAGAAGAAUGGUAUUUUGGCAAGAUAACCCGCCGAGAAUCUGAACGAUUACUGCUCAAUCCAGAGAAUCCCCGAGGGACUUUUUUGGCAAGAGAGAGUGAGACCACAAAAGGUGCCUACUGCCUCUCUGUCUCAGAUUUUGACAAUGCCAAGGGCCUCAAUGUGAAGCACUACAAGAUACGCAAACUGGACAAUGGUGGCUUUUAUAUCACAUCCCGUACACAAUUCAGCAGUCUUCAGCAAUUAGUUGCUUAUUAUUCCAAACAUGCAGAUGGUUUGUGCCACCGUCUUACCAAUGUUUGCCCAACCAGCAAGCCUCAGACACAGGGCUUGGCAAAAGAUGCUUGGGAAAUCCCCCGGGAAUCUUUGCGACUAGAGGUCAAACUUGGACAAGGCUGCUUUGGAGAAGUCUGGAUGGGGACCUGGAAUGGUACCACCAGGGUGGCAAUCAAGACUCUAAAGCCUGGGACAAUGUCUCCAGAAGCAUUUCUACAGGAGGCUCAGGUUAUGAAGAAACUGCGCCAUGAAAAGCUGGUGCAGCUGUAUGCUGUGGUUUCAGAAGAGCCAAUUUACAUUGUAACAGAGUACAUGUGCAAAGGGAGCCUCCUGGAUUUUUUGAAGGGAGAGAUGGGCAAGUAUCUGAGACUGCCCCAGCUGGUGGACAUGGCUGCACAGAUUGCUUCUGGCAUGGCCUACGUGGAAAGGAUGAACUACGUUCACAGAGAUCUCCGAGCUGCCAACAUCCUUGUGGGGGAGAACCUGGUGUGCAAAGUAGCUGACUUUGGACUGGCACGACUGAUUGAGGACAAUGAAUACACAGCAAGACAAGGUGCUAAAUUUCCCAUCAAAUGGACUGCCCCAGAAGCUGCUCUGUAUGGUCGGUUCACUAUCAAGUCAGAUGUUUGGUCCUUUGGAAUACUCUUGACAGAACUUGCCACCAAAGGCCGAGUGCCGUAUCCCGGCAUGGUGAAUCGGGAAGUCCUAGAUCAAGUGGAACGAGGCUAUCGGAUGCCCUGUCCACCAGAGUGCCCAGAAUCUCUACACGAUCUGAUGUGCCAGUGCUGGAGAAAGGAUCCUGAGGAAAGGCCAACCUUUGAAUACCUCCAAGCUUUCCUGGAGGAUUACUUCACAUCAACAGAGCCCCAGUAUCAGCCAGGCGAAAAUCUAUAGGUCUGAGGAUUGGAUCAGUUGCCAGAAGACUUUAUGCUGCUCUAAUGGCAAGUGUGCUCUAGAGAGGAACUUUUGAGUCAUAUUAGGACUCCUAUUGGAGUACUAGCCAGGGUGUUUUUGUCAUUCUGACAAGUUGCCCUUCUUUUUAAGGAUUGCACCAAUUACUUUAUCAUACAAAUGUAGUUAAUGAAAGCCUUGAUGGAUUGUGAGUGAACAAAGUCUCAUUUCAAUUUGAAGUUGGUUGUAGUACAGAAGAGGAGUUUCAGGAACACCCAAACUUUCUGCAAAAGAAAAGAUCAAGUAGGAGCAAGGAUCCUACUCCUGAAGGUCACUUAUUUUCAGGAUUGUGUCCUCCAUAAAAACCACUCUUGACUAUGAUUAGAAGAAAUUGCCAUCAGGACAAUCCUGCAUUUGAUGCAGGACCAUCCUGCAUCAAAGCACUUGAGUCAUUUCUGAUUGAAUUCUGAUGAUAAAGAGGUAUGCCUUUCAGACCGUCGUGGCUUUUGUUCUUCUUUAUGGACAAAACCAGCACAAUUUCCCUACUCGUAUUCAAAUGUCUGGAUCAAGGCUGACUGAAUCCAAGGAAGAAAAAAUGUAGCUCGCUUAUAUUGUGGACACUGCACAUUUCGUGUGUUUGUAAUCCUCUCCUUUUUAUUUUUAUUUGACACCAUUUUCUUCUGUGCCACUGUCUAUCCAGUCUUGUCCUGUUCGUGAGGUGCCCUUGCCAAUCUUAGCCAUAUAAUAGGUUGAACUGGAUGUAUUUGGUUUGUUUAGAAAAUGUGUUGUUCUUUGCCUUCUGGCUGUAAAUGAAGUAAAGGACAUUCUUGGGGAAACUACCCAGCAUUUGUACCCAACAUAUAAUAUCAUAAAGCAAAUAAUGAUCCCCAAAUUGUUCAGGACAGUGAGCUAGAUCUUGGACUGGAGGCUUGUCUUCCCAUCUAGCCCUUUAAUUCAGUAGAUAGCUGAAGAUUAUCAAUUUCUUCAGCCUGUAAAAAAAAUCCUUCUUUCCUCUACCCAUACUAAACUGCUACGCUGUUAAUGCCAGUCUUCUGCCUAGGAGAUAUUAGUCUUUCACAUAGCAUUCUAUAAAUUCUUUAAGCACACACUUAGGUCACAUCACUGCCUUUUAAUUUUAACCCAGUCUGGGAUUCCUCAGUGCCUUGGAAGCAUAAUACUGCAGCAGGAAGUGGCCUGUUGUAUUUACUAUCUAGUAUUAUAAUCAUGGUGUAAUAACUGCUUCAAUGGCCAUCCACUUUUUUUGCCAUGAUGUAUGAUUGAGCAACCUGCACUGGAAGAACAAAAGUAAAAAUACUCAAAUAAAUGAUUUAGCAAAUCUUUGGCCUCUGUAUGAAGAUAUAAUGAUGGUGCUUGGUAGAAGUCAUUUGGUAGCUAGCUCCACAAUUUGAUAAUGUAGGUAAUAUACCCAGAAGGACCUGUACACUGGCAUACUGGUCCAAGCCAAUUGUCUGGACCAAUAUGUCAUCCCAAGCUAUUUUUUUUAACCACUGGGAAAAAUAAAUAGAAUCUCUUAUAUUUACUGUGAAAAUAGCCGGGAAGGUUUUAAACACUAACACACAUCUCUGUACACACACUCUCUCACACACAUAUAUUUAUAUAUACACACAACGGGAUGUUCCUUUGCUCAUUAGAAAAAAUACAGUACACAUAACUGCAUUUACUUAUAGUGUGGCCAUAAGACUCUUUGCUUGUGGAUAUUCACACCUUACUAGACCCUUUUUUUGCUAAUUUGUUACUUUCCAUGACCCCGUAAAGACAGCAGUUUGCAUCCAUGUAACAAGAUGUAGCUUACAUUUAGAUUUGUGCAUACACAGUAGAAAUUGACUUACAUCUUUGUUAUAGGCUUAUUCCAUCCUAUUCAAAAAAAGGAUAGGCAGCAAACUGAACAUGGCCACUAUUUAUAAACCAAGUGUCAUAGUGAUUUUGCUCAAUGACAUUUACCAAGAGGAGAAAAAUGAACGGAGUUCCACUUGGCUUGCUACACCAUGCCUGUUAUAUUUGCCAAGAAAUCUGCAUCCCGAAACAGAUAUAAGAACAACAGCUGGUAAGACUAGCCUGAGACACUGUCUGGGAGCAGGCAGAUAUGUUCAGUCCCAGUAGCAUUAGGGCAAACCAAACAGUGCAUUCUAGAUUCAUAUUACAUGACUUUUCUGUAGGUUAGGCUAUGGCCUUAAGCUGAGGCUGAAGAAAUGUUUUAAAAUACAAGUUGACUACUAUCUUAAACAAGAAAAAUUUCAUCAGUGGAAUGUGGACCUCUCCAUGUUUUUCCUCAAAGACGUUCUUACACUGGAACUAGAAACCUAGAUUUAUAGAAAAAAAUAUUGAUGGGAGAGACUUAAAGUCUCUUUUGAAGCCGACAUAGCAAGACUCACACUUAGCUGUCCACAUUGGCAGAAUCAGAUGAGAAGCAACUUUGUGUAAGCAAUAUUUAUAUUGGUUAUCACUAGACUAGACUGGACUAACAAUUUUUUCCUUCAUGAAACUUGUGAGUCAUAUAUAUUGUAUUGCUGAUCUCAUUCUCUAGAAUGAGUGUUUUGACAGCUGAGAUCCCAAGCCUACAGUCCAAGAAACAGCUCCUUUCCUAUGGAGACCAGAAAUUAGAGGUGGCUUUGGGGCAGCCUUUGGAAACCUAGUUGGCAAUGCAUACAAUUUUAAGUGAGAAAAAUGCAAAGAAAGCCAGUCCAGCCAUCUUUACUAAUGUGUCUAGCUGAGUCCAGUGAAGAUCUCUGCAAAGAAUUAAAUCCAAGGAGUAACAGCAAUCCAAGCCAUAUGUAAACAUAUCUGCCUUUUGUUGCAACAAUUUUGUUGCCAGUAUGGUACAAAAAACUCUUUUGCAGUGCACCAGCUUUGUCUUACUGGGAGAAUUUCUUACCAGCUGUAAGAUAGCCCUCUUUUGUAUAUAAUCCUUGAGUCAACCAAGCAAGUGGUACUUGGUGACUUUGGAUGUCAGCUUAAGUGCAUGUUUUAUUUCCAAAAUAAGAAGAAUGUUUGUUACAAUUGUAUUUAGCUGGAAAUUAUUAUCAGCCGGCCAUCACUUGAUCUUAUUUUUCCAUGUCUAACUUUUUGAUGUUAUCUGAUGUGCCAAAAACAAACAAACAACAACAACCCUCCAACAGCAAAAACUUUUUUAUUCCAUGAUGAACUAGCCUUCAUGAUUAAUUUAUGUCAAAACAAAGAAAGUACUUCCAAAAGUUUAUAUGUUGUUUGCUCUAGUCAAGUAGAUACCUGACUUGUUUCUUCUUCCAUUCUUGUUGAUGUCAUCUUGUAUGUUAGAAUGAUAUGGUGUCUUGCGGGGGGGGGGGUUGUUGUUGGUAGUAUUUGUUUAGAACGGUCCAAAGUUGAGAUCUCAUACCUCUGCCUUAUGCAGAGAAGUGUGUCUUUCUCACAAUUAUAUAUUUAGAACAUAGAACCUCUAUCAGUGCUUCAGUUAAUAUUCCCAAAGUUUAUUUCGUUUUCCAAGAAAUUAUUUUCAUCAGAGAACUACAGAGCAUAGUUGAAAAAGCACCAAAAAUGAUUUGAAUUGGUGACCAGGUUUCACAUGCUUCGUCUUAACUCAAAACUGCUCUUUUUAGGAAAAGGGAUCUGAGACAAGGUAUAAUUCCUAUAAUUUGCACAAGCUCUUUCCCCAAAUAGUUCAAAUUCAAGUUUUUUCUGACAUUGAGGAUGUCAAUAUCCUUUUUAGACAAUAGAGCCAAAUCUGUUUAUUAUGCCAAGCAUGUCUAUGUACCUCAGGACCUCAAAAUAAUAAUUGACUGCAGCAAUAGGUAUAGACUUUAGCAAUGGCUUCUCAUGGGUAGAACAAUGGGAGGGGCCCAUGACUGUUCUCUUAGUUACAUGCCAAAAUGCCUAUCUCCUGCAGAAUGAAACUCCUAUUUGCAUUGUGUUGAGAACAGGGUACAAUUUGCUUUCUUUAGUAUGACCAGGGUAUGAUGCUGUGUCAAACGAUCAAAACUCUUUCUUGCCUUUGUUAGUAAUAUGCCUUGCCUAUUUUUUUCUAUUUGUACUUGCAAAUUCCAUUAUUUUUCCUGCUCCUUUUUGAAAUCUCUGAUUGAUCGAUGGGGCAUUCUUGUACAAUCUCUCAUCAAAUGAGAAAGCAGUUUAAUCAGGAAUGGAGACUGUGCCUUUCCACAUCUCUAAACUUUUUGAUUUCUUUCUUUCUCCUUCCAAACAGAACACAUCUUGCUUUGUACCUCCUUCCAUCGCUGGGACCAGAAUGACUUUCUGACUUUAGCCAUUUUUUUCAGAAUUCCAAUGUGCUGAAAUAAAUCCUAAUUACCAUUUUCCUUUGUUAAAACAAAAUUGUUCAAUCUAAAACACUAGCUAUGUAUUACAAGGCAGUUUGCUUAAAACCUUAUCUGGUGUCUAGUUCUCUACAUUCAGGAUUGGUUGGGAAGUCAGUUAUUCCUAGCAACUCCUACCUACUGUCUGAGAAUUAACUUCAUAAAAUCUUUGUUACAUUUCCUCAUGUAUAAUACUGCAGUUAAAAAAAAAGUAGAGCAUUUCGUUUGUGAGCAGGACUUGCAUUUGUGUCUUCAUGUUGUACGUUCUGGGGUUGGGUGGGCAUAUUUAGUAAAAGAUGGAGCAAUUGUUUUAAAGGGGAUAAUCCUUCUUUCCAAGGAAAUCCCAUUUGUGUUAAUAUUGCUAUGUAAUUAAAUUUGGAGAUGAGCCUUUUUUGCCAAUAAGGAACAAGAGUACUGCUUUUUCAUCAAUACCUUUUGUAUACCAUACUUGAUUAAAGUCUGCCAUCACAGAGAAAUAGCUUCUUAACAAAUGCAAAAUGGAGCACAUAUCAAUUUCUGAAAACUUUUACUGUGGGAGCUAAAACCAACGUGUGCAUAUAUGACUGUGUACAUGUAUAGAUACUAAUGUGUAAAAAUGACCAUUUUCCAAAUAUGUACCGUACAUUUUUUAAAAAGUCAAGAUUUAGGUCAGUUUAAAAUUGCAGAUUUCUUUCCUGAUUUUGGUGUAGCAAUAAUGAUGAUGAAUACUAAUUUAAAUGAACACCAUGUUUAGUUUCUUUUCUUUUUUAUUAAGGGCAAAUUUUUGAAAGAAAGAAAUGGCUGAUGGUUCCCUUUUGUAAAAUCAUCACUUCCUUUAUUCAUGCAUGAUGUAGUCUUUGACCCAGAGGCAAGAAACCAGAUCCCCACAGUAAGGAUCAGAGCCUGGCUGACCUCUGCAAUUAAUUCAUGAACUGAAGAAAGUAUUAAACAAACUUCUUGUGUUGGCUUUGUCAUUCCUUAUUCAUUUUGCUUUGAGAAUGCCCAUCAGAAAGGAAUCUCAGAAUGGGCUCUGCUGUUGUAUGAAGUUUAAACUCAUCUGACUAUGGAUUUUUUUUGCUAUUAUAUUUUUUUAUGGAAACACACACAUUUUGUAAAAUCUCAGUUACUAUGCAGAGAAUGUGAUGAUCUCUCUCUCCUGCCCUUGCCUUUUUGGUGUCUGAAAUCUAACUCCUUUUUAAAAAUAAAAUGUUUUGAAAUAUUAAAACUC